AUGAAAAUAAGAAAGACUGUGGUAACAGCUGCAAUACUAAAUGGCGUUCUAGCCAUGGAGAGCGUCCCUGACUGGCAGUACUGCAAUAUCCUCAGUGAUAUCAAUACGCUGCAGAACACAAUGUGCAAGCUGUACAGGACUAAGCUUGGGCUCAGACAGCCCUGGCUAAUUGGCCAGAACAUUCCCCCAGCUGCACCGAGUGUAAUAAGACAGCCGUAUACGUACCCAAUGAACAAGGAAGGCCCGGAAGUGCCAACGAAGGAAGAUAUACAGAGGAGCAUACUAGGUGUCCUUAGUAGCACACGAGGCGGCCUGUGCGGAGACAAAACUUUGCUUAUUUGUUUGCCGGGGGAGACAAAUGGCGGUAUUUCCUCUGAUGUUCCGCAGACAAAAAAUCUUCCCAAUUUGGUCAUUAACAUAGGCAGCACGGACAAGAACGGAAAUACGGUUAACGAUAUGAUCUCCAGAAUAAUCAUAAAAAAAGACAACAAAACAAGUGCAGUGAUAGAAAGCGACUGCAAAAACAGCAGCAGCACAUCUGCUAAUAUUCAGGCAUGCACACACCCGCUGGAUGUAGUCAGAGGCACACAAAGUACGAACAUGCACGGACAGAUCAUCGGCAGCCAGGGGACGCUCCAGGGCGCAGGCGGCGUUCUGCUGAACAACACCACAGACCAUCAAAUAUUUGCAGCAGGGGUAGAAACACACAGUGGAAACAACGGACAGAACAGAGAGAUAUACGCAGCAGGCGUAGAAGCACAGAAUCACAGCAACUUAAAUGGAAUGAAUAAUGGUCGUAUGGGCAACGUGAACAACCAGAUGAACAAUGGAUCAUUUAACAAUAACUCAAAUUACAAUAACAAUAAUUCAGGUUACAAUAAUGGCCAGAUAAAUCAUUCAGGUUACAACAACAGCAAUAAUUCAGGUUAUAACAAUAACAACAACUCAAAUUACAAUAACAACAAUGGCCAAAUAAAUCAACCAGGCUAUAAUAAUAGUCAGAUGGGCAACCAGACGGGCAGUGGUUUACUAAAUAAUAAUGGCACACAUAUCCAUGGCGUGGUUGAUGAAAAGGUGCAAGGAAAUGGGACAGUGACUGGCGCUGGCUUUGUGGAGUAUGACACCAGGGGAAACGUGCCAGGAUACAAUAAAAAGACAGGCAUGCCUGUGGAGAACAAUCAGGGAAAGUACGAAGCACCUCUUAGAAAGAACAAUGGCAUAAAGUACUGCGAUGACCCUGAAGUGGUCAACUGCAUACCCCGUGGAAACAGCACAAAGAGCGAUGCAUAUCCUGAGUAUGAGCCAGAGCGCAAGCCGUGGAGCAAGAAGAAUUCGCCAAAAGACUCCAAAGAGAGAAUGAGAAGAAAAAGAAAAGAAAGAGAGCAGAAGGAUCUCAUAAAGGAGGAAAUAAAAAAAGAGUUCAAAGAGCAGGAGAAAGCGCUGAAGAAAGAAUUAAAAAGCCUGCAGAAAAGAAAAAAUGAAGAGGAAAAUAUUUUCAAAAAGCUCCAGAAAAUAGAUAAUGAGAAUAACGACGAAGUCGAAAGGCCAAAGAGACAGGACAAGUUCACGUGGGUAAAAGAGGGAGAAGGAAGGUACAGAAGAGUAAGUUUAGAUCCAUACGACAGCCCACUGGAUGAGCCAGCAAGCCCAAAGUAUUCCAGCAUACCGCAGAAUGAGCCUCUCCACUCAGAUGCGAGCAAUAAAGAAGCUCUGCUGAGAAUAGAAAGAGCUCUGCGCGAUCUAGAAAGAAAAACAAGCCAAAAGCCAAAUAUACCCGAAUACAUGCCAAGCAUUCCCAAAACGCACUACAUUGACGCAGAUCCUGAGCCAGUGGUUUACAGGAGAGCGCAUCCUCCUGUGGGCUACUUAGAGAGAUCACCGCACUAUUUAAUCAAGAGCGAGCUACCAAAGAAAGACAAGGAUUUAGUUUAUAUACGAGAAACCAGCCUACUAUAA